AUGAUAGAAUGGCUGAUCGAUUUGGCAUAUGCGAUAUCGUCGGGUAUCAUUGUCGGUUCCUUUCUGCUGGUUGUUUCAGUACUUGCGUUGUGGCACAACUUUAUUGGAGCCCAUCUCAAAUCUCACCACGAUUUUAGAGACACAAGAAGUUCCAGGACUACUGUUUUACCAGAAAAUGGUUCGAAUUGGAAUAUUUCUGCAGAAUCUCAUUAUGGUCCGAUGACUGGAGCCACUAGAGUGGACCGGAAUCCGAAUAUAGAAGAAGAUCAAGAGAAUAAUAUCGAGAUCGAUCACACGGUUACGAGUGAGGUAACUAGGCCUGAUAGUGGGGAUGGAAGUACUGAAAUUCAUGAGCCUUGGCCUCCAUACGAUGAUCUUUACAACAAACACCAGGAAAUGGAGGAAAAUCCGUUCCAGGAUGUGUUAACAGCGGAAGACAUGAAGCUUGUGCCAGAUUUAGCUUACUACUAUAGACAGUAUAAUAUUGAGAUUGAAAGCUUCGAGGUGGAGACCGACGAUGGCUUCAUCAUUGAUUUGUGGCAUUUGAAGCAUGAAGACCAGCAAGGAAGCUAUAUGCAUCCAAUACUGAUGCUGCACGGGCUCUUGCAAAGCAGUGGGUCUUUUGCCUCAAGUGGUCGAAAAUCUUUGGCUUACUACCUGCAUCAGUCGGGAUUUGACAUUUGGUUAGGUAAUAAUAGAUGCGGGUUGAAUCCAAGAUGGAACAAGAAAAUAGUGGGUAAGAAUAAGCGGAAUAGAUGGGAUUGGGGUAUGGACCAAAUGGUGCAGUAUGAUCUGAAAGCGCUUGUCAAGUAUGUUCUUUCUCGUAAUAAGAAUGAGAAAUUGACUUUGAUGGCACAUUCACAGGGUACCACGCAAGGAUUUAUGGGGCUAGUCAACGGCGAAUUGCUCUACGAGGAUGGUUUUAAGCUAAGUGAAAAAAUUGAGAAUUUUGUAGCAUUAGCACCAGCAGUCUAUCCCGGUCCCUUGCUGGAAGAGAAAGCGUUUGUAAAGUUUAUGGCCAAAGGAAUCGAUAACCCAUGGAUCUUUGGCAACAAAUCGUUUUUGCCUCUGAUGCUCUUCAUGAAAAAGAUUACCAACGGUGUCAUAAUAAUCCCAUUCAUGUCCUACGUGGUUUUUAAUUACCUUUUUGACUGGAACGACUCAUUAUGGGAUAAACCUUUGAGAGAUCGUCAUUUCCUAUUUUCUCCAGUUUACAUUUCAGUCAAACUCAUGCAAUGGUGGCUCAGUCCAUGCCCUAGCAAGAUCAGUUUUAAAAAGGGCGCAGGUACCCUCUUCCCCGACUCCAAGACCUGGUUUCCUGUAGAAAACGGCCAUCCAGUGGCAGAACCAGAAGGUCUGCACUUAAACAGUCCCAGACAAGAACCCCAGGACUACCCAAGAUUCCUCUUGUUCAUCCCGAGACAGGAUCGGUUGGUUGAUGGAGAAAGACUGAUAGACCACUUCAUCAGCCACGAGUCCAGCUCACUCUACAAGAUUUGGUACAUCGACGAAUACUCACAUCUUGACGUUCUAUGGGCCCACGACGUUAUCGACAGAGUCGGCCAACCACUCGCGAACGCCCUGAGGGUUCCCAGUAGGAACAAAGAAGCUGUAAAGGGCUGA